UAAAAUUGAUUGUUCCCUCCCGUUUUUAUUUCUGUAUUGCUUAAAGGAAUUUCAAGCGUUUCUUGAAGAUCAAGUGAUUAACUCUUUAACUAGAGCGUUCUCAUGGACCGACUAGGUCCGAUCUCUGGCCAUAGUUCUUCUGGUCCUCCGGUUUUAUGGCAGUGGAUCAUUGAGUAUUUAUCAAGCUUCCCCGAGAUAGAUACUUCCAUUAUAACCAGUCUGAUUGAAACAUCUCCUGUAGCACCAGAGAAUUUCAAUGAAAAUACGAAUGAGAGGGUUGCUUUAAAAUGUUUGGAGGAGUUAUUUGGUCCUGAAAACAGUCAUGGAAAUGUCGUUCCUCCUGUUUCAAGAGCCACUUUUCCUCCUUCGCUGAGCUGUGAUGCUGUUCUUAACCAAAUUAUGGAGGAGGUUCCAUUUCAAAAUCUAAAAAGAGCCGCACCCGAGCUUUCAAGAUGGGAUGGCCACUCCUUUAUUAAGCAUAAAAGAGACACCCUACCUCAAUGUUCAUUAGAAAAGUUGAAAGAUUCUAUUUUGGAGGACGAUCCUGUUACUGGUUGUGAUGAAAAUGGCCCUCCUUCAUGGUCUGAUGAUGAUGAUAAAAACGGUAACCAAGAGGGUAACUUGAUUCCUCAAAUUAAUGAAAACUAUAAUGAAUUGUUGCUUGGAAAAGAUUUAUUACCCUCUAAGAGGUGUAGAGAUGACUUGGUUGCUGGAAAUCCAAUGGGAGUUGUCAGUAUUAACCAUGGUAGUCUGCAUAAUUAUCUUCAAUUAAAUGCUAAAAAGUCCAAGCAGGAUGCUACUCCCUCUUGUACUAUUCAGUCUGUUGAAGAGCUUCCAGUUCACUUGCAUGCUGAUUCUGAAGAGUUGGAAGAUGAAUCUCAAAGGAUCAUGAAAGUUACUGAAAUAGAAGCUAAUAACUUGGGGAAAGAUUCUCAGAUAGGUGUGGGUGAUAAAGAUUUAUGGGUUGCCUCAAGGACCCAUGGGCCAAUUGAUGCUGUUGGUCGUGUAGAACUGCUGGACAAUCAGAUGGAAAACGUUCAAAAUGAUGAUGCUUAUGUGAUGAUUGAGCACAAGUAUGGAGAUAUAACUUGCCAAAAUGUUGCGACUGAUGAAUCCAAUCUCGUUGAAAAUGGUGCACUGCAAAAGGGUCCUGGUGGUGAUGUGGGUGUAGAUAUUGAUCAAGAUUUUACAUUAAGUACCCCAAAUUCAAUCUCUGCUGAUGGAUUGCAAAAAAAUAUUGAUAAUAAUCUGGAAAAAGCUGACAUUGUUCAUCCUUGUCCGGAAGAAAUAUUUGAAUUUGAAGAUGAGAUCCUUAAUAAUGCCUUGAAAAAGAACCAUUUCUUGAGUUCACAUCGCAUACCAAGUCAAGAUCCGGUACAAAAAGUUGGCUGGACAGAACAGAGGUCUUGUGUCAAGUGUAACCAAAAUGGUAACGUUUUGGUGUGCAGUGGUAGUCGUUGUCCACUUGUGGUUCAUGAGAGUUGCUUGAAUUAUGCUGCAAGAUUUGAUGAUAAGGGCAACUUUCUUUGCCCUUUUUGUGUAUAUUCUGUUUCCAUCUCAAAGUACCUAAAAGCUAAGGACAAGAUCAUCUUGGCAAGGAAGAACCUAGUUGCAUUUAUGGGGAUUAUAGGAAAACUUGCUCAGGAACGAAGGAGGUUUCAGAGUCAUUCAACAUUAAAUGGCAAUGAAGGCCUUGUAGGAAUUCGAGAGAGUGAACAUCUAGGGAGAGAGCGUGAACACCAACACCAGUCCAAGCUUAAAUCCUGUGAUGAUCAUCCAACCACUGAAAACACUGAAACUGACCCUGUAAAUCAGGUAGAAGUUGAAAGAGAUGACAUUUUAAAGGAAGCUGUAAAGCCUGAGACAACAGAUGUGCGUCAGGAGCUUGUCAAUAGUGAUGGAGAGGGGUCAUGUAUCGGUGCAGAUGACAAGUUUAUAAUAUCUAGCAACACUAAAGAAAGUCAGACAAAGUUCUUAUUCCCUACAACCCGACAAUCGAAGAGAAAGAUAAUUCCAUGGACAAAUGCUGAAGAAGGGAUGCUCAGGAAGGGAGUAGAGGAGUUUACAAAGGGUGAUGGAACAAUUCCAUGGAAGAGAAUUUUGGAGUUUGGUUCCAAAGUGUUUCCCAGGGAUAAAACUGCAAGAGACCUUAAGAAUAAGUGGAACAGCAUGCGCAAGGGUAGUAUGAAACUGCAACAAAUGAUAUGAUGUCGCAGCGCAGUGAUUUCGCAUGAAAUAUGAUGUCAUUUUGAAUUCUCAGUUUAGCCAAGGGAGUUAGGUACCUCAGUUGUUAUCAAAUAGUGUAUUAAGGGUAAUUAGGAAGUUGGGAGUGGCAGGUUUGAUGUCCCUGAAAUGAAAUGUUUUGUUUGUUUGGGAAGCGAAUGAUGUUUUGUGUAAAAUACCCAUCU